AUGCUAACCGAAUUACAUGAGACCCAUCCGGGCAUGACAAGAAUGAAAGGGCUUGCGAGGUCUUAUGUCUGGUGGCCAAAGAUUGAUUCUGACAUUGAACAGACUGUGUCCACUUGCCCUGUUUGCCAGAAAAUGCGAUCAGAGCCAGCAAAAGCGCCAGUACAUCCUUGGACUUUUCCAUCACAGCCUUGGUCUCGCAUUCAUAUCGACUUUGCUGGGCCUAGUGCUGGGAAAAUGUAUCUGGUGGUAGUUGACGCUCACAGUAAGUUUCCGGAAGUUGUUAAAAUGACUACUACUACAGCUACGACUACUAUAAAUGCACUGCGAGAUAUCUUUAGCCGCCAUGGUCUUCCGGAAAUAUUAGUUUCCGAUAACGGACCGCAAUUCAUUGCUGGCGAGUUUCAACAGUUCUGCCAUAACAACGGAAUUAUACAUCGAACUUCUGCAGCCUACAAACCUUCAACGAACGGUCAAGCUGGACGAGUUGUUCAAAUUUUGAAAUCGGCGAUUGAGCAAGCUCGAAUUACUAAACAGGAUGUGAACGUGGUUAUUGCUAAGAGCUUACUAGUGUAUCGUAAUGCACCACAUUCUACAACGGGUGCAGCACCUUCAGUUUUACUUAUGGGCAGACGUCUGCGAACCCGACUUGAUCUAGUCUUUCCUUCCGUUCAGGAACAUGUGAUUUGA